AUGCCGAGUAUUGGUGGACGGAGAUGCAACAACAAAUGCGGACCCGCCAGGAGGAGGUGCAUAUUCCUAGAGAAGUAUUUUCCAAACUCGACCAAACAUGCUCUAGAGGUAGAGUUUCUUACACUACAGCAGGGUAGUAAAUCGGUGCAGGCUUACAUCGAUCAUUUUGAAUACUUGGUGAGAUUCUACUCGCAGGAGAUCACAGAGGAGUGGCGUUGUCGCAAGUUUGAGGGAGGCUUGAGGCACGAGCUGUGCAGAUUCCUGAAGAGUACUAUAGAGACUAGGCAGCAGAAGAUGCCAUAUAGUAGGCCACAGUCUUCCUCCCCAAGGCUGCGGUGUUAUAAUUGCGGAGGUGCACAUCUUCACAGGAACUGUACUAAAGCCGCUGGUAGUUCAGGUGGUAGCGCUGAUCAUGUGAAGUGCUACAAAUGUGAGCAAAUGGGGCACUAUGCGAGGCAAUGUCCCAAUAAGAAGGCGACUGGAGAAAGACCAUCGCCGUAG